AUGACCAAGAAACGUAGCAAGAGCUGCACAUAUCAUCUCAGAAGCAGCAGCAGCAGCAGCAGCAGCAAGGCAACCAAAAGACAGAAUUCAAAACCACAUUCUGCUUCGUCGGUUUGCCGUUCAAAUUCAUCGGAUAAGAAGAAAGACACAUCUUCACAGUCUCACUGCAUCAAUGCCGGACAAGAGACAUCUCUUGCCACAUCAUCAAGACACAGUCAUGAUGCCAGAAAAGAAGUUGUUGAAACUGUCGAUUCAUCCGCUGCUGCUCACCUUGCAUCGACCCUCACCCAUACAUUAGGUAAAAAGACUGUGUCUUUACAUCGAAAAUCUUCAAACAACGAACAAAGGCAAAUGGAGAGGAGUACAAGUUCGAAUGGAAAGGACGGCGGCAGCAGCAGAAAAUACACAACAGUGUGCCUCCCAAGUCCAAAUGACCGUAAGCAGAGAGCUCAUUCCGUUAUCCCUGUGUUGCCUGUUCACUCGUCUAUCGCCCAAGCACAUGUCUUGAGGGGAAGUAAGAACAAUCAAAGGGAGGAUGUAUUAAACGCCUUUUGCACUAGCGCACUUUGGAGCUCUGUCGAUCAUCCGAACUGUGGUCGUUUGAAUCAAAUGAAGAAGCAGCAGCAGCAGCAGCAGCAGCACUACAACAAGCUUGAAUAUUCAUUUUGUCCGCCAAUUCAAUCCAAUUCAAGCCUUUCCGACAACCAUCUUUCCACCAUCACCAUCUCUUCUCAACCUUCCGACGACAAGAUGACCUAUCCACCACCUCCACCGCCUGAAAUUGAUCCGGCAGCAACGAGUGCAAGUUACGGUGCUUAUCCAACUAGCGGCAACCUUUCUUCAGGCGCUAAAAAGAAGGUGUAA